ACCACACAACCGCCGACAAUACAGACAAGAUGGGUGUCGAUUUGGACAAGCACCACGUGGUCUCCGGCCACCGCAAGGCGCCACACAGCACCAACCCAUACCGAAAGUUGUUGCACAAGCUGUACACUUUCCUCAACCGCCGCACAGAGAGCAAGUUCAAUGCUACUGUCUUGAGGAGACUGCGCAUGUCGCGCAUCAACACCCCACCUCUCUCCCUCUCCAAGAUUGUCGCUGUCUCUGCCAACAAGCACAGCGCCAAGGCUCACGAGGGCAAGAUCCGCGCUGUCGUCGGCACUGUCACCGAUGACAACCGCCUCCUGGAGGUCCCAAAGCUGAGCAUCUGCGCUCUCAAGUUCACCGCUACCGCCCGUGCUCGCAUUGAGAAGGCCGGCGGUGAGUGCCUCACCUUCGAUCAGCUCGCUCUCCGUGCCCCGACUGGGUCCAACGUCAUCCUUCUCCGCGGUCCAAAGAACGCCCGUGAGGCUGUCAAGCACUUCGGCUUCGGCCCACACACCGACAAGAAGCCAUACGUCGAGAGCAAGGGACGCAAGUUCGAGCGUGCCC